CUCUCUCUUGCACACACACACACACAUACACACUCUUGUAUACACAUACAAUUAGGAUAAAUUCAGUUUGUUAUUUGCUUCUUUCAAAUAUACAACAUUAGAUAGAUAAUAGAAAACUUUCUACGUCAAAUAUUUGAUAGAUCUAGCACUAUUUCAUCGAAUGAAUGAGUAAAAAAAGAACAGAACAGUACAAAACAAACUUUAUAAUUCAAUGAUAUUUUAUACUAUUGAAUGCCAAUUAUUCUAUUUAAUAUAACAAUUAUAGAGAUAUAUAUAUAUGUAUCAUGUUAUGAAAAUAGAAUGAAUGAGGAAUUCAAUAAAAAUUUUGAUCCCAUAGCAACAAAUUUAGAAGAACAUACAAAAAAUUCUAAAGAAAAUCAAUCAAUCAAUAUUAUAAAUACAUUACAUGAUCAACAAUUGUAUAAUAAUAAUAAUAAUAAUAAUAAUAGUACUCAAGACUAUAAUACUAUAGAAACUAUUCUAGAACAAAAUAAUUGUGUACAAAUCAAUAAUGAAUUAUUAUUUCAACAAAAUGAUACAUCUAAUAUAAAAGUAUUUAAUAUUGUCCUUGAAGAAGAAGAAGAUGAUGAUGAUGAUUUGGAAUAUAAUCAUAAAGAGGAGAAAUCAACGGAACAUAUAUAUUAUCUUCCAUUAGCUAUAGGGAAUUCAAAUACAUCUAAUGAAAUAUUAGGAAAAGAAUUUAUUACUACUUUAACCGAUUCAAAUUCAAAUAGUAUAUCAGAUAAAAUUUUAUAUGAUUUAGGUAAAUCCUUAAUGAAUAGUCAUGAUGAUGAUGAUGUGAUGAAUAAAGAAGAGUAUUCAAAAGAAGUAAUGAAUGAUUCAUCUAAAUUGAUAAUGACAAGUUUUGAUGAGAAUUGUUCUAAUGUAGAAACUGUCAAUACUAGUGUGACGACGAUGACGACGACAACGACAACAACAACAACAACAACAACGAUAGUUACUACUAGUUCUGUUAUUACUAAUAUAACAACAAAUACUACUAAUAUGAUAACUACAACUUCUACACCUAUUUGUAGUCCUAAAAUUGAUCUGAUUACUGUAAAUUUAUUGAGUUCAAAUGUUAUACCAGAAAGUAUAGCACAACAAUUUAAUCAAAUAGCUAAACUUAAUAAAAGUAAUUUAAGUAGUAAACGAACAAUUAGAACAACUACAGCAAAACUUAGUCCAUUUACAGAUUCUAAACGUCAAGCAAGUUUUGAAGAUGCACAUCUUACAGAGAUUAAUUCUAAUACUGAUUUAAAUAAAAAUAUACAAAAGAAUUUAUUGAACGAUACAUAUCAUGCUCGAUUUCAUAGUGAUGAAAUAGCAACAUUACAAGAUUAUGUUUUAAAACCUCAAACUGAAACUAUUCUUGAUUUGGAAUAUACUAAUUUAGAAAAUACUGAUAUUGAUCAUGUUAAUUCUUCAUCUAAUACAGGAUCUAAUAAAAAUAGAAACAGUAAUGUAUUUCGUAGUAAAAGUGCUUUAAGUACUUUACCACAAACUAAAAGAGGACAACGAUAUGAUCAUGGACAUCAAUCGGAACCUAGUUCACAAGGCACUGAUUCUGUUUACAGACAGUCACCUCUUUUAGCCCAUGAAAAUGUAUCACAUUCUCAAGGUCAAAGCAGUGGUUUUACUGCUUCAGAAGAAGGUUCUUCGAGUUCACUGCCAUCUUUAGAUACUGGAGGUAGUAGUUCAACUGGUGGAGGGUGUAGCAGUGGUCACACACAAACUGCAGAUGAAGAUCAUUCUAUUGGAGACGAAUUGAAUUCAGCUAAUACUAACAUUUUACAUUCCAUUUCCAAAAUAUCAAAAAAUAAUAACGAGUGUGAUAAACAUAAUUCUCAACUGUUACAUUCAGAUGAAGCGAAAAAUCUUCAGUCAGAUAAUGUAUCAUCUGAUAAAACUGUGUUAAUAUUGUCGAAAAGGCGACAUGCUGUCAAAGAACUUAUUCAUGUUGAAAAAGAAUAUGUGAAUGCAUUAACUACUCUAGUCAAUAUGUACAUGAUACCUUUGAAGCAAGAAAAGAUUCUAGAUGAUCAACAAGUGGAUACUAUAUUUUUUAAAGUGCAAGAAUUACUCAUGUAUCAUAUGAGUUUUUUAAAUACACUUCAAAUGUGGGAAUUAACAAAUACAGUUGGUGAUAAGUUACUUGAUAUGUUUUCACGUGAAGCAGUUGCAAUGUGCUAUUGUACAUUUGUAGAUAAUUUUUCCAAUUCUGAACGAACUCUAGAAACAUGCUGGAAUACAAAAUCAUCAUUUCAGAAAUUCUGUGAAAUGAAGUUACGGAUGAAUCGUAAUAAACUUCCAUUGAAAGCGCUUCUUGUACAACCUGUUCAACGGAUACCCCGAUAUGAGUUACUUAUUAAGCGUUUAUUAGAAUCAACUCCUAAAGACUAUUCAGAUCAUGCAUUACUUGUUGAAGCAGAAAGUGCUAUACAUCGAUUGGCUUUAAGAGUGAAUGCUGUACAUGCUGCUGGUGAAGAUGAAAAUAUUGUAGAUGGUAUACGAUUAAUUGAAAAACUUUUAGCACCUGCUACUUUAACACCAACACGUCAAUAUGUUCGACAUGAUAUUGUUUCAGUUGAAGAACGAAAAGAUCCUGUAUGUAUAUUUAUGUUCACAGAUCAAAUUGUUUUCACAGUUGCAAGACGCAGAGGAAGUCAAGUGAUCAAGAAACCGAUAUUUCUUCGUUUGCAGUCCAUUCGUGGAGUUGAUGCCAUUGAAAAUAUUAAAUAUAAAAUUUAUCAUCGAUUAGGCAUUGAAGCUAUAGAACUGGAAUCACGUUUAGAAGUUGGCAUUGAACCAACUGGACAACAUAAAGAGGUAAAAGAUAAAAAAGAUUUGGCAUUACUGGCUGAAAUUGAAAAUAUUUCAGCGAGAUUAGAUUUUCGACAUUAUGAUCUAGAUGCUGUUGUGCGUAAAAUGUAUAUGUCUAUUCAAAAAGAACUUGAAGAUUUACGUACAGCUAGAAAUACAACAACACCUAUGCCUGGUAAUAUAUCAAUUUUUACCGCUACUAGCAAAGAAGGUGUUGAACGUUAUGAGUUAAUGUUUCCAAAUAGUGCAAAACGAAAAGAAUGGGAGAGAACAAUACUCGAAUUAAAACGUCAAUUAAGCUCUGUUAAAAGAAUGGCACGAUUUAAUGAGGCUGUUCAAAUUCCACGUACAUUACCAGGAAUACAACUUUCAUGUGCAUCUAUGAUUGAAUCAUCUCCUCUUGUGGCUGAAACACCUUGUGAUGUAUGGAUAUGUGCAUCUGAUGGUUAUACUGGUUAUGUUUGUCUACUGACAGUCCAUCCAAAACCUAACGUCUAUUUCAAUGUUCCUUUGUCCGGAUGUACAUCUCGAAUCACAUGUAUAUGCUCUAUUCCUGGCUAUAUUCAUCCUGGAUUAAGAAGAACAUCCCACAGUCUAGGAGUUCAAAGUAUUCGGUCGAGAUAUGGAAUGGAAAAGAAACGUUCAGCCACUAUGGAUCAGCCACUUUUAGAAGUAGAACAACAGGUAACAGAAGAAAAUAAUCGUCAACAAAAACUGUCUGCAGCAUUUUCAGAAAAAGCAUCUCGGAUGAUUACAAAUGAGAAAGUGGUUGAUUCAAAGGUUGUGGAUAAAAUAGAAUCAAAUACAAACAAUGAUGCAAACAAAAAUGCUGGAACUACAUUAGAUGAUGAUGUAAGAUGUAGGAAAAGUAGCAUUCCACAAGACAUAAGCACAAGUUCUCAUUCAACUACUCCACCUGAUACACCAACCAAUACAGAAUCUACAUUGAAACUCUCAGAUGGAGAUGAAUCUAAAGGUGAUGAUAUUUUAAAUCUACCUAAGAAAUGUGAUAUUGCUCUAGAAUCUAGUGAAAUUAACGUGCAACAAAGUCAUGAGUUGAUUACUCAAGCACACCAUGAAAAAUCUAAUUCGUUUGAAAAAAUUAAAAACGAACCACAACAAGAGAUUAGUUUAGAUAUUUAUGCUGAAUAUACUGAUGAUCAAGACGAUCCUACAUCGAAUGAUUCAGAUUCUUCUGAUAUUAGUGAAACAGAAGGUGAUUUAACACAACAAAUAAUUUCAGAGAAUUUAUCAGAUAACUCAUUAUUCAAAGAAUCUGAACAGAAUAUACAAUCAUCUUGUGAAUACGAUGGCAAGACAGAUGAAUAUUCAAAUUCACAUGGUAAAAAUCAUUGUCUCACUAAUUCAACACAACCAUUAAUGUGGUUGGGUACAGAAGAAGGAAGAUUAUAUGAUUUUGGAAAUGGAUGUGGAUAUGUUGCUCAAUUUCGUGGAUUGAUUGAGUAUUUUAUGUUUUACGCAACUGAUAAUCUAAAGACAAGUAGACAACGUCAGAAACUCAGUUUAUCCCAUGGAAUCAAUAAUAUAUUGCAUUUCGAUGUGCAUAUAUUUGUUGCUUGUGCAAACGGUGAUCUUAUUGUGUACAAACGUAACUCAGAUGGUUUAUGGGAUGUUGAUAAACCGAUACAUGUGAAAUUACAGCCUAAUUCUAAUGAACCAGUUAUUGUAAGACGUAUGUUAGUUGUUGCCGGUAAAAUAUGGUGUGCAGCGCAUCGUUCAAUAUUUAUUUUAAAUCCCGCAACACUUACUUCAGAACUUUCAUUCCCACUGAAUGGUAAUUAUGCAGAUCCACGUGGAAUACAAUUGAUGGCUUAUGGAAAACAAACUGUAUGGUUAGCAACAGAAAAUAGUUCACGUAUUAGUUUAUAUCAUGCUACAACAGGUGAAUUUCUAAUGGAGAUUGAUUUAAAGCCUAUUGUACUUCAAAGGUUACAAGAUUGUGAUGAAAUUAUCAUGAGACAUAAAGAAGCUUGUCUAAGAAUCACAUGUUUAACAGUAUGCAAAGAUUUAUUGUGGGCUGGAACGAGUGCAGGAGUUAUUGUCACUGUUGCAAUACCGAAGCUCGGUACAGGACCUACACACGAGAACAUUAAACAACCUCAGUUAGAGACUUUAUCAUAUGGACAUAUUGGACAAGUUCGAUUCCUUGUAACUUUGGAUAAUAUAGCAGAUGAUGAAAAUUCAAUAACAUGUAAAAAUGAAAAAAUAAAUACAUCUAAUCAAUCAAUAUACAUAUCAAAUUCAGCAAUGACCCCAUUUUCUGAUAAAGUAACAUCAUCGGAUAAUAAUGAAACAAACACAUCAUCUCAUUUAGUUAGUUCUAGUCGAACAACUGAUCAUAGUCAAUCUGGUCAAUUAUCUAGACAUCAUUUUAGUGGUAGUCGUAGAUCAUCAAUAAAUCCAUGUACUACUAUUAAUACAAAAAUGAAAGUGAUUAGCGGUGGUGAAGGACGUGAAGAAUUUAGUAAAAAAGAUUUAACAACAUUGGGAAUAUAUGAUAAUAAUCUUUGUUGUACUAUUGGUGAUGAUGACAGUGACAAUUAUGUUCUUAUUUGGGAUGUGAAAUAA